UUACAGCUGGAACGCAGUGUUCAUAGAUUUACCAGUUUCUAUUCCAGUCAGCAUUCGGGUCGAAAAUUAAAUUGGCUGUAUAACAUGUCAAAAGGUGAACUGGUUACCAAUUGUUUUAAAAAUAGGUACACACUUCAAGCCAGCACUUUCCAAAUGGCAAUAUUGUUACAGUACAACGUUUCAGAGGCCUGGACAAUUUCUCAGUUGUCUGAAAACACCCAAAUAAAGACCGAUUUUCUUAUACAGGUCUUACAAAUUUUAUUAAAAGCUAAAUUAUUGGUCUGUGAUGAUGAUGAAAAUGAUCUAGCUCCAAGUUCAGUGGUGGCCUUGUUUACUAGCUAUAAAAAUAAAAAGCUCCGAGUGAAUAUAAAUAUUCCAAUGAAGACAGAACUAAAAUUGGAACAAGAAACCACCCACAAACAUAUCGAGGAAGAUAGAAAGCUACUGAUCCAGGCAGCUAUUGUUCGAAUUAUGAAAAUGCGAAAGGUUCUCAAGCACCAACAGCUCGUUGCAGAAGUACUGAAUCAAUUAUCGAUGCGAUUUAAGCCGAAAGUACAAAUUAUAAAGAAAUGUAUCGAUAUAUUGAUCGAAAAAGAGUAUUUAGAGAGGACAGAAGGUCAAAAGGACACAUACAGCUACCUUGCCUGAUUUGUGAUAGUACUAUCAUUGGCAGUGUGCAAAAGGAAACGAUUUAGCCAAGACCGUAAGAGCAUUAAUGAGCGCGGAAAAAACUGUGAAAAUAUAUAUUAUAUUUGCUU